AGUUUUCGUUGAGAUUUCGACACAAACGGUCCUAUCUUUAUAGACAUUGCGGAGCGAGGGCUAUCAAGUUUGACUCGAUUAAAAUUAUCGUCUUAAUAUUUGUUUUUGCGCGCAAGACGUUUGUUAAAACAAUUUCUGUUGUUCGCGGUAAUCUGUGUAGCAGUUAACGUGACAUAUUCAUGCACUACACACACUUUAUUUGGUGAUUCGUUUCGUUUCGUUUCGCUAAUUUUUUUUUUAUUUUGCUGUGCGAUGACAUAUUAAAAGAGAGAAGAAAAAAAAAAAUACAACAAAUCUCAUGAGCGUAUUGUGAAUGUUGUGCAAACAAUCCAGUUCAUACAUGUGCAUAUAAAUCGAACGACGAAAUUUUCAAUGAAUUUGAAUUCGUUAAUAGAUUCAAAUUAGCCAGAAUAUGUACUAGAUAUUGUGUGAUUAUUACGUCGACACCGAAAAGAAAAUAGACUGUACAACAAAACGUUGGAAAGUUCCAAUCCAAAGAUUUUUUCUAUUAUACCAAAAUAAAAAUUGGAAUUUAUUGCUUGAAAUAGUGUUGAGUUGUACAAAAAAAAAAAAUCAUACAAUCUGACUUCGUUGAACGGAGGGAAAAUGAUUCCACCAACACCCACGACAUUAACCACAAUGCCGGGAUCAAAAGCGAAAAUUGGUUUUAGCAUUGAUUCAAUUGUUGGCGAAGAAGUGUCAAAAUCCACGACAACAGCAACAAGAGAUCGGAAUGAUAAAUACGUUUGUCAAACGGAAAUAGCACGAGCAUUACGUUUAUCAUCUGAUUCAUUUGGUGCUGAUGGCCACAUGAAAUUUCGACCCGAAUUAAAUGGCACCACAAAAGAUGUCCGCAAUCUAUUUGGCUAUUCAAUGAAACGUGAAUCAUCGUUGAGCCCAUUAGCACCGUAUCAAACCACACAAACAACGGCAUUGCCGUCGGAAGAGAAUCCAAUGCGAAAAUCGCGUUCACCGUCGCCAAAUCAAACUGCUAGUGCUUUAACGAAUAAUAAUAACACAAGCAACACCAAUAACAACAACAAUAAUAACAAUUUACAUACUAGUGGUAGCAAUUCAAAUAAUAAUGAGCCGCCGGUAGUUCCUUCAUUAACAUUUACGAACGGUAUGCAUCCGAGUGGACCAAUCAGACCAAUGCCAAUAGUUCCGCCGACAAAUUUGGAAAAGAAUUUGCCACCAUCGUAUCUGGGAUUAAGUGCGGCAGCGGCAGCGCAUGCACCUCAUCUACUGCAAAUUCAAAUGGCCGCAGCAGCGAUGGCACAACGACAUGUGACCGAACAGGGAUUCGCACAAACCGCUCCAUUUCGGCAUGCACCACCACCACCACAAGGCUAUCCUCUGUAUCCAUGGCUGAUUAGCCGGCAUGGACGAGUAUUUCCACACUUCCCGGGCAAUUUCUUGCUGCAUCCAUUUCGAAAACCGAAACGCGUGCGGACCGCUUUUUCGCCUGGCCAAUUAUUGAAACUGGAACAUGCAUUCGAGAACAAUCAAUAUGUAGUUGGCGCUGAACGAAAAGCAUUGGCUCAACAACUGAAUUUGUCUGAAACACAGGUUAAGGUAUGGUUCCAAAAUCGGCGCACCAAGCACAAGCGCAUGCAACAAGAAGACGACACAAAGGGCGAAGGUAGCAAUCAUUCAAAUAAUCUCGAAGGAAGCUACGACGAUGAAGAGGAAAUGAUCGACAUGGAGAUGGAUGAUUGUUCCAGUGAAGAUGAGCAUGGCGUUCAACAUUAACGGUUCCACACUACAUGAUUGAAAAACGAGAAUAAUUUUAUUUUGUGAGUGAUUCGCCGCAUGCACUUGGAAAUGCAUAUCAAAACAAUGGAAUUUCAAAAAAAAAAAAAAGUAUGAAGAAGUAACAACCAGCAAAAUGGAGUGAGAAGAUGAAGUAGAAGAGAAAAAAAAGAGAGCAACCAACACGAUUUUUUUUUGCUGUUGUUCGGUGUGCAAAAUUCAGUAUGAUGGAUCAGUGUGGCGGAUCAGUGUGUAAUUUGUAUUGAAUUUGCCCGCCAAAUUAAGUUUUCAUCAAUCUAGAGUGUACAAUGGUAUGUGCAUUUUAUUUGGUUAUAUGAAUAACUGUGCCAAAUAUUAACUAUAUGAGUAUGGAAAACAUUUUCCCAGUGAUUUAAUAAGCAAACAGAAGAAAAUAACUAAAUAAUAUUGAGAAGAAGAAAGAAAAAAACGAAGUACUAUACGAAAAAGUUGUAUAUUUUGAUUUUUCAACAAAAUGUCGCUGUACGCACUUCUUUGGAAGGUAAAAAAGGUCAAUAGCAAACUAAAGCAAUGAAACUAAUAUGUUUUACAUCAGCCAAAUUCGAUUCAAUUCCAAAAUUCAACAAUUUAUACAUCAUUAUGUGAUUAUUUUCUGUUUUGUUCCAAAAUAUAUCUUAGGAUAUAAUUGAAUUUAUAACUUUCACUCGAAAAUAAAAAAAAUAAA